AUGGCGCUGGCGGCGCAGACAGUGACGGCGGCGGAAGCGGCGGCGGCGGAAGCGGCUGCGUCAGAGGCGCAAGCGGCCCUGCGGCGUAAGCAGCGUCCGGGGCUCAAGCGGUGGCGGCAGCGGCAUAAGCGGUGGCGACGGCGGGGGAUAGCAGUGGCAGCGGCUUCAGCGGCACAAGCAGCGUCGGUGACGGCGCAGAGGACGUCAGCGGCGGAACCAGCGACGGCGGAGGACGUCGUCAACGGUGCAAGCGGCCUCUGCGCAGACAACGCGGCGGUGCAGACAGCAGCGGCUUCAGCGGCGUCGGUAGCAGCGACGGUGCACACAGCGGCUUCGGCGUCGCAAGCGGCGGUGCAGAUGGAGGUGGCUACAACGGAACAAGCGGCAUCAGCGGCGGCGCAGGCAGUGUUGGCUGCGGAAGGGGCGGCCACACAAACGACGGCGUCCGCGGGCUCCAGCAGCGGCGGCGGCGGCGGCGGCGGCGGCGGCGGUAGCAGCGGUGGAGCAAACAGCGGCGUCUGGGCAGACUGCGUUGGCUGCACAAGCGGUGUUGGCAACUUAAGGGGCGGCUGCGGAGCAGAUGGCAGCAACGCAGAUGGCGGCGGCGGAGCGGCGGCGGGGCCUGCGCAAGCGGCGGCAGCGGGAGCCCGAGGGACAGCAACUGGGGAAGGGCAGAGAAGGCCAGAAAGACCAGGGAACCUGCUGCAGAGAAAGGCUUUUGGGGUUAGAGCAUCAGCACCUUCGGAAGCUGCACUGAAGCCUUCAUAGGCAGCAUCUGCGAUGUGAGGGAAGGCACCUCCACCAGGUACUUGAAGAUCUGGGUUAGCUUUGAUGG